AUGUCCUCCUCCUCAUCAAAAACACCUACUCCAACCUCGGUCAAAAUACCCACUCAUUCUUCUCCAACAACUUUAGGAGGAGGGAUUUCUAACAUAUCCCAACAACAAGCACAAGGAUCAGCCCCGAAUCAACAAAUGCCUCCUCUUGAAGCUUCAUCAUCAACUUUAACCACAACGCCACAACAAUCACCCUCACGACAAGGACACAGUGAUGAUACUGCUCCUAAUGACGAUGCAUCCAACAACAAUAACACUCACUGGGGCAAGUCUUUUGCGACAUUGAUCAUCAUCCUUGGAAUCAUUUUGGGAGCUUUUAUAUUGAUUUUGGCAACACUUGGAAUGUCUUUCAGCGUCUAUGGUCUUUAUCCAUCCCAAUGUGCCAAAUGUCAAAAUGCUCUUUAUGCCAUUUUCAUUUCUCUAAGUAUUGGUGCUGUCGGAGCUUUGACAGCUCUCAUUGCUUAUUUGAUUGUGAGCAGAAAGUUAUUUACCAUUUGCAUCUCUUCUAAAAGUGCAACAAGCAAUGAAGAUCCUCUUUUAUAUUUGGCUAAAACCAAAUUACAAAAAAUUCAUGCUUGUCCUUGUUCGAGUUUGGGAAGUCGAAUUGCAGAAUCAUUGAUUUUGUGCACUCUGAUUGUUGUGAGUGUGUUGUUGUUUUUAGUAUUCUUUGCAAUUUAUGUUGCAUUUAUGGUAAUUGUGGAUGGUUCAAUGGUCAGAAAGAGUGGUUCCAUUAAUUUGUCGGAUAUGGUGAUUUUGGAUACGAGUGCAUUGAAAAGCAUUCCAUCGUAUUUGACUCCAAAUUCACGAAUUGAAAUUAAAAGAGAUGAAAAUGGAUUAAUGCAUGUGACAGGAGAAACUGAGAAUGACAUGAUUUUUGGUCAAGGAUAUGCAUCGGCACAAGAUCGAUUAUUUGAGAUGGAUCUUGUUCGAAGAGCAGCUCAAGGACGAUUGUCAGAGUUGGCUGGAAGCUCAACCUUAGAGGAUGAUAAACUUGCUCGUUACAUUGGAUAUGGUAGAAUGGCAAAAAAAGAGUUGCAAUAUUUAGAUGAAAAAGCCAAUAAGACUCUACGGGCAUAUUCUGAUGGUGUGAAUGCUUACUUACAAAGUGGAAAUGCAAUGCCAUUGGAAGUGACUUUAUUGGGAUAUACAUUGGAACCUUGGACACCCUAUGAUACUCUCACUGUUGUGAAAUAUAUGGAAUCAUUCAUGUCUGCAAAUUGGCACGAUGAAGAAUUGAGAUACUCUGCCAUGUCAAAAAAUAAUGUAACACUUGCGAGAAUGGAAGUUUUAGAUCCUCCAAUUCCAUUCAAUGCUGCUACUGUGUUAACGAAAGAGGAUUUAGGAUUGAACACCACUCUUGAACAAGAUUUACAAUUAGAAUGGAAACUCACUCGAAAUAAUACCGGUGCUUUUAUUCCAAAAGGUAGUACUCUCAAUAGACGACAAAGAAGAAAUAGAAGAAGGAACAUUCUGAAAAGUAUUCAUUUUGCACCGUCAAGUAAUUUUGAUUCAUUUGAAGAUGAUGAAAAAGAUCAUACCAGUAGUAGUAGUAGUAAUAGUGAUCCAAAUAAUUAUUUAUUCAUGUUCAAAACUUUGAAUGACCUUUUGAGAAGAACAAAGAGAGCCAUUGGAUCCAAUAAUUGGGCAGUUCACAAAAAUUUCACAGACAGCACGAGUGGAUAUCUUGCCAAUGAUCCUCAUCUCUUUGUACAAACUCCUGAUCAGUUCUAUCUUGUUUGCAUGAAUUAUGUGAGAACCUUUUCAAGUAGUAAUUUGCAACAACCAAAAGAGUUGCGUGGAGCUGCUUUUCCUGGAGUACCAGGAAUUGUUUUAGGGCGAAAUGAGUAUAUUGCUUGGGGAAUUACUCUUGGCUAUACAGAUGUUCAAGAUAUUUACAUGUUAAAAGCUGAUUCUUCAAAGGAGGAUUAUUAUGUGGUUGAUGGUGUUUCACUUCCAUUCAAAACAUUCACUGAAACUAUCAAAUCCUCAGAUUCUGCACCUGUGACGAUUAAAAUUCGAGAAUCCAUAUUUGGAACUGUGGUUGGAUCGAGUGAAACUGAACUUCCUGCCUAUCGAUGGGUUGCACAACAAGACAAUGACAAAUCAUUUAAUUAUUUGAUCCACUUGAUGUUUAGUAAGAACUGGGAUGAAUUUAAAACAAAUGUCAAUGGAAUGACCUCCAUUGUUUUCAAUUUUGCUUAUUUGGAUGUGUAUGGAAAUAUUGGUUAUAAAUUAUCUGGAUUAAUUCCAAUAAGAAGAGAAGGUCACACUGGUAGAUAUAUUGUUCGAGGAGAUACCAAGGCAUGGGACUAUUCAGGCUAUUUGCCAACAAACCAAAAUCCUGAAUUAUUUAAUCCUGCAAAGGGUUAUGUGAGCUCUGCAAAUAACAGAGUCGUUCCUCCUGGUUAUCCAAUUUUAGUGAGUGCGAAUUACUUUUUCUAUUACCGACAAGAACGAAUUCAAGAAUUAAUGGAUGAAUUAAUGAAGAAUGCUAAAACAAAUGGAGCCAAGAUUACAUUACAGAAUAUGGUGGACAUCCAAUUAGAUACCUACAGCAUUCUGUAUCGGGAGUAUAGAUUCAUGUUUGUGAAUAUGACAAGUGACGUUGCAAAAUUUGCUUCCACUAGUUCGUACGCUUCAACUCGUAAAUACUCACAACAUCUUCAAACUCUAUUAGUUUGGGAUGGCUAUGUGAAACGUACAUCCACUGAGGCCUCUCUAUUUGAAGGCUUUUUGAGAUACUUGAGUACUCUUGUUUCAAAAGAAUUUGGUGACAACUCUGAAACUAAGAAAAUGGCUCUCUUCUACUUUUAUAAGGAUGCCAUGUUAAGAAACAAUGAUAUUGCUUGUCUUUCAAAGAAUUUCAAGUCUUGCACAGAAUACGGAGCUGCCACAUAUAUCCAUGUUGUUGAUUUAUUUUACCAACAAUAUGGAAAAAUUCCAGAAUGGGGAGAUAUUCACACCACUCCAAUUUAUCACAUCUCUGGCAAAGACACUCCAAUUCUGGGAUGUCUUUCAAAAAUUUCACUUUCUACAGACGGAGGAACAGAAACCAUUCUUUUGAAUAAUAUGAACGAAAAUUAUGAAACCAUUGAAGCUCCAGUGUUCAGAGAAAUUAUUUCCUUCAACUCUGUGAAUGAAGAUCGUUUCAUUAUUCCCACUGGAAAUGACGGAAAUUUAUUCAGCAAAACCUAUGAAAAUAUGGGAACUUUAUACGCUAAAGGUCAAUAUUUAAGUUUUGCCUCCAAUAUGAGUCAAGUCAAUGCUGUCGAUACCUAUCUCAUUUAUGUGAAGUAG